AUGGGGAGUAGUAAGGGUGUCCACUUAGGGAAGAAGCUUCUCGAGGUCGCCAAGGCAUGUGAGUCGUACCUUCCCCCCGACUCUGCUCCUCAUUUCAUCCCACCAUCUCUGCUCCUCAUCCCAUUCCACCAUCUCUGCUCCUCAUCCCAUUCCACCAUCUCUUUCAUGAUCCUAUCCCAUCAUCUAUGCUCUUCAUCCCAUCCCACCAUCUUUGCGCCUCAUCCCAUCCCACGAUUGCUGCUCCUCAUCCCCGUAUGCUCCUCAACCCAUCCCACCAUCUCUGCACCUCAUUCCGUCCCACCAUCUCUUCUCCUCAUCCCAUCCCAUCCCACCAUUUCUUCUCCGCAUCCCAUCCCACCAUUUCUUCUCCGCAUCCCAUCCCACCAUCUCUAUCCAUCUUCCCAUCACACCAUCUCUGCUCCUCAGCCCAUCCCACCAUCUCUGCUCCUCAGCCGAUCCCGCUGUCUUCGCUCCUCAUCCCGUCCACCAUCUCUGCUCCUCAUCCCAUUCCACCAUCUCUCUAAUCAUCCCACCCACAACCUCAGCUCCUCAUCCCAUCCCAUCCCACCGUCUCUUUUCAUUAUCCCAUCCCACUAUCUCUGCACCUCACCUUCUCCCAUCAUAUCUGCUCCUCAUCCCAUCCCACCAUCUCUUCUCCUCAUCCCAUCACAUCAUCCCUUCCCAUCCCAUUUUCACCGUCUUUUCUCCUCAUCCCAUCCCAAUAUUUCGCCUCCUCAUCCCAUCCCACCAUCUCUGCUCAUCAUCCCAUCCUACCAUCCCUGCACCUCCUCAUCCCACCAUCUCUGCCGCUCAUCCCAUCCCACCAUCUCUGCUGCUCAUCCCAUCCCAUCAUAUCUGCUCCUCAUCCCAUCCCACCAUCUCUGCCCCUCAUCCCAUCACACCAUCUCCUCAUCCCAUCCCACCAUUCCGCCACUCAUCCCAUCCCACCAUCUCUGCCUCUCAUCCCAUCACACCAUCUCUUGUUAA